AUGUUCGAGAGCAGAUCAACCUCGGUCCUUGAAGCCGAAAAGUCGGCCCCGUUUCCGCCACACAAUCUUGAGGCAGAGCACACCAAUGCAGAUCCAAAGAGAAACAUCACAGGAUGGCGAUGGUUUGCCGUGUGCGUAGCCGUCUUUUCGGCAAACAUUCUCUACGGCCUCGACACGACCAUCGCAGCCGAUAUUCAGGGCCCAAUAGCCGCCACCUUUGACAGCGUCGAUCAGCUUGGCUGGCUGGGCAUUGGCUUUACACUGGGGUCUACGGCUUGCAUCCUCCCCCUGGGCAAGGCAUUCGGCAUUUUCGACGCAAAAUGGCUGUUCUUAGGCUGCACCACCAUGUUUGCAGCUGGCAGCGCAUUGUGCGGCGCCGCUCCCAACAUGAACGCGAUGAUUAUCGGCCGUGUGUGGGCAGGAGCAGGCGGUGCGGGCAUGUAUCUGGGUAAUCUCAAUCUUCUUACCAUGAUGACGAGACCAAAAGAACAACCGCUCUAUAUGGGUCUGGUCGGCCUCGUUUAUGGUACGGGGUGUAUCCUGGGGCCGAUUGUUGGCGGUACGCUCUCUGAUAGUGCGGCCACCUGGCGCUGGGCGUUUUAUCUCAACCUGCUCAUUUUCGCCCUCAUGUCACCUAUUUAUAUCUUCAUGCUCCCUUCCCUCCCACAACAAGUCGGCACGACCUUCAAGCAGAAACUCAAAAGGCUAGACUGGCUGGGAAUAGUCUUGAACAUGGCUACAUACUUGACUUUUGUCAUGAUCUUUACUUUUGCGGGCAGCCAGUGGGCCUGGGAUGACCACCGUAUUGUUGCCCUAUUUGUGGUCUUCGGCAUUUGUCUGAUUGCAUUCUGUGUUACUCAAUAUUUUGCGACUUUCACAACCAAGGAAGACCGGCUAUUCCCAUGCCGAUUCGUGACGGACAAGCAUCUACUCCUCCUAUACAUCUGCAUGGCAUGCGGCGGAGCUUCUCUAUUUGUCGCCGUCUACUACCUCCCGCUUUACUUCCAAUAUGUACACGGAGAGAACGGGACCAUGUCCGCCGUUAGGCUGCUGCCUUUUGUGUGUUUCUAUAUUGCAUCGAUCUUGUUGGUUGGCUACCUCAUGCCAAAGACUGGCUAUUACAUGGUAUGGUAUCUAGUCAGCGGCAUCUUCAUCACGGUCGGCGCUGCUCUCAUGUACACCGUACAUGCUGAGACUCCCGUUUCCAAUAUCUAUGGCUAUUCUGUCAUACUUGGUCUUGGUAUGGCCACAAGUCAGUCCGGAUAUUCGGUCGGCGCAGAAUCGGUUGCAGCUGAGGAUGGCGCAGAGGUAAUACAAUUUAUGAACAUCUCCCAGGGCCAGGCCCAGCUUCUCGGCCUCGUCAUUGCCAGCUCGAUCUUUCAAAGCUUAACCUUUAGGGGUUUGAAGAAACUGUUAUCGGAAUCCAACUUCACGGAUGCCGAUAUCCGAGCGGCGGUUGCCGGGGCACAGAGUAAGGUCUUGGGGAAGGUGAGCCCCGAGUUGAGAGCAAAAGCCCUCGAGGUUAUUGUCAAAAGCAUCAAUGAUGCCUAUAUUCUUGCGAUUGCCGCUGGAGCACUUUAUGUUAUUUGUUCACUGUUUCUCAAGCCCCAAAAGUCAGUUCGACCAUAG